UUUGGUACACCGGCAGUUGUCGCGCAUUUACGCAGUGGGAUCGGUUUUUAAUUUGCAAUCAUGAUUCCCGAAGAAAGCUUUGCUUCCAUCGAGAACAAGAUGCAGUCUGUAGGUCUGGCUCUGGAGGAGUUGCUGGUAACUGCUCAGAAACAAGGCUGUCUCACUGUUGGCAUUUAUGAAUCAGCCAAGCUUCUUAAUGUAGAUCCAGACAGCGUGGUGCUAUGCGUGCUGGCAGCCGACGAUGAAAACGAUGUGGCGCUGCAGAUCCACUUCACGUUGCUACAGUCCUUCUGCUGCGACAGCGGCAUCACCAUCUUGCGAGUCUCUGGGUUUCAGCGACUCCAGCGGCUGCUGGGAGCUGUGGAUGCCAACAGGAACCAGGAAGAGCACAGAGACCUUCACUGCAUGCUGGUUACGAAUCCUCAGGCAGAGCACUGCAGACUGCAGGAAGUGGGGACCUACUGCCAGGAGAGUCGGCGCCUUGACCAGUGGGUGCCUGAACUAGUCCUGCAGGAACGCUGAAGGGUCUGCAUACAGGAACUUUUGUGGCCAGAUACUGAUACACUGAAGGAUCUUUAUGCUCAAGCAGGGAUGACCUGGAGUGUAGCCGCUCCAGUCCACUAUCCUUAAUGACCAGCAAAACCAUGGACUCCCACUCAAAGACUAGUGAAACAGCUGGACUGGACACUGGUUUCUAGAAUCUGUACUUGUGCAAAAGAUACAGAGAGAAAAGUCACAAUGUUUUUACAAUGCCAUCAAAACACAAUCUGUUUUGUGUUGCUCUCUGGGUGCUCACAAUGUCUAUGGGGUGUGACAUAGUAAACAUUAAGAGGAGUAGUAGUUUUGAAAGGAACACAUCCACACCCAUCUUAUACCUGGAAGUCUUGUUUGUUUGACUGGACAGGAAUGUUGCAGUGCUGAAACUGUACCAGACAUUCCUGGGAGAGUCCCAGAAAAGGAGAGGAGAGGUGUGUGUUUGUAUGUGUGGUAUGUCUAUGUGUGGUAUGCAUUUACAAUACUUGUAUUUUUCUGUAGAAAAGACUGGGUGUGCAUUCUUAAAAUGAGCAGCUGAAAGCUGCUGGGGAAUUGUCACCAUGGAAACUGAAAUGGAAAUAAUGUUAAAGACACACAGGACCUAUUGACACCAGAAGAAACAAAAGAAAAAACAAUGUAAAGAGACUCCGAGGAUGAAAAAAUUUAGGCAGGAUCCGAAAUUCCCAAUGAUGCAGAACGCCUGUGCUGUCUGAUCCGGACAGAUCAGCUUUAAAUGUAUUGUAAAAAUAUCAACUUCUUUGUGCCUUCAAGAGUGCUGCCUUUCUGAUAAAUAACUAAUGUAAAGUGGCUACACUGUUAAUUUAUUGAUUGUAUUGUUUUUUUGUAGUUAUUUGUAAUCUAUUUUGU